CAGCUGCAAAAGCAGAAGCAAAGCACAGUGUGAAGUAAAAGUAAAAAACUCAAAAAAAAAAAAAUCAAGAAAAAGAAUCAGUCAAGCCAAGCAUUUCCAUUUGCACCAUCAUCAGUAUGCAGCGAAGAAUAUGCGCGCGCUUUUUAGUAAUAUUACUGUUAUUACAAUUGCAACUCAUCACUCGUGUAGCAUCAGCACCAGCGCAUAACAGCAACGACAUCGAUUACAAUGACAGCAGCAGCGGCAGCGGCGGCAGCGGCGGUGUGAAUGGCAAUGCUUUGGGCAAUCUGUUGCGUGGCAACUAUAACAACAACAACAACAAUAACAACACACCAAUGGACUAUAAUAUGCUAUUUACACAUGUGAAAGAUUUCUUCAUGUAUCUGCCCGUGAUGAUGACAACGCUGAGGGAGUCCAUGUCCGGCUUUCCGAAAUUCGCCGAAGGCAUACGCAUAUUGACAUCGAAAAAUGGACGCCUAGAAGGUUCUUCAGAGUGUAAUUGUGACAAAAAUAGCAAUGAAAUUGAUAGCCGACAAUUUGGUUGACAGGUUGGGCGGAUAGUGAGGAGAGGGAGCGUUGAGUAGAUUUGCUGGACAAAACGUAAGCUCACGGUGUGUGCGCGGUUGAUAGAUGAUGGAUGAUGGCUGGCUGACUGUACUGCGUACAUAAAUACGAGUAUAUGUAUGUACAUACAUGUGUGAUGAAAAUGGCAUGCGAAGUGUGAGCCGGAGAAAUAUUUUUAAAAAAUAAUUUUUUUUUUUUAUAAACUUAUUUAGUCUGUUAGUAGUGUUGGUAAUUAAUUUAGUUAAAAGUGCAAAUAGUAAAAUGCGCAAAUAAAUUUUUUCUGAAGCCAU